AUGAAAUUGGAUACUGAUUUGAUGGAGACAACAUCACCACCUCCAAAUUCUUCACCCUCUGCUGUCCCACCAGCAUUAACUACUCCUCCACCAGGCCCUCCAACUCAACCAUCUUCUCUGAAACGCCUUCGAGGAGACCAAACAUGGCUGAUGUUGUUCAGAUUCUUGAGUCCAUCAGGAAUGGAUUGCAACCAUAGCAAGGGAAUUCGAGGGUUGUUUUUGGCCUGUCUCAGAGUUGGGGUUAUAAAGUCGCAAAUUAGUGGAUAUCCCACACAUCUGUUUGAUCCCUCUGGUAUUAUGGGUUGGGGUUCUGGGAGAUGUGGCAAAUCCCCCUUUCCCGAGGGGAUUGCUGAGAUUCUUCUUUCAUUGACUUCUAUUCUCUCCUUUUCAGGGGCUUAUGGAGAAAGCAUAUACGGGGGAAAGUUUCCAGGUGAGAAUAUGUUCAUGUUAUUGUGGCUUUUUGUGUGGUUAGAUCUUGAUGGCCAUUUGCUGAUGCUUACUUUGAGUAAUCGAUGGACUAGACCUGCAUCAUUAUUUGUGGAGCUUGGUUUGGAUAAUUGA